AUGAGGGAAGACUACGACCGGAAAAUGCGAGCGCUGGUGAGUGACACAACCACGUACGAAAACGUCAAAACGGAUCCCACGGCAAGGUACCAGAACGGAAACAACAGCAUCGUCAGAAGGCUCAAAGAUUUAAAACUAAUCGACCACAGAACAGCGAAAGAACUAUCCUCGACCAAUGCAACAUGCCCCAGGAUCUACGGCCAACCGAAAGCGCACAAACCGGACCUCCCGCUCCGCCCCGUCAUCCCCAACAUCACAGCCCCUACGUACAAGCUGGCCAAAUACAUCGCUGAUAUUCUACAAAACUCAUUCCAUAGCCAGUACAGCACGACCAGCUCGUUCGAAUUUUGUGGAGAUGUCAACCAAGUUGUACUUCCGGAGGGAUACAUUAUGAUCUCCCUCGACGUCACCUCACUAUUCACCAAUGUACCGCGACAUCUGGUCAUCAGGAGCAUCAUCAAUCGGUGGAACGAGGUCAAAACACAAAUCAAUCUUGACUUGUUCCUCGAGAUUGUGGAAUACUGUAUGGAAGCUAGCUACUUCUGCUUCGAAGGACGGUAUUUCAAGCAAACAUACGGGACGGCCAUGGGCAGCCCACUGUCGCCCAUUGUGGCAGACAUCGUGUUGGACUCGGUUAUCAAAACAGCUAUGAACUCUCUACCCUUUGAGAUAACCAUCUUUAGAAAAUACGUGGAUAAUAUCUUCAUGGCUAUCCCACGGGAAUGCGUACAACAGGUCCUGGAUGCCUUCAACAGGAUUGAACCGAGGCUACAGUUCACCACCGAAGAAGAAAAAGAGAACCGCCUCCCAUUCCUCGACAUGACGGUCAUUCGCAAUGCAGACCAAACAUUGACGACGGAAUGGUACGCAAAACCAAUAGCCUCAGGUAGAAUGUUGAACUACAAUUCAUUCCACCAGCCUAAGUACAAGAUCAAUGUAGCAAAUAACUUCAUCCACCGAGUAUGCUCGCUCACCCGCAACAAGCCGUUAGAUGAAAUAGCCAAAACGAUUCACCAACAUCUCCGCCAAAACAAUUACCCGAAGUCGCUCAUCAAUAGACUGCUACACUUCAACAUCAGCCGAUUGAAACCAUCCCUCAUACCCCUCCGCAACUACCGCCAACCUUACCAACCAUCAGCGAGAUCAACAACCAACUUCUGCAUACAACACCCGGCCGACCAUCCUGCCAGCCAUCUCCCGUACCACCCACAGCAGCAUCAAACACAAACAACCCUACCGAUUUCGUCCAAAGCCAACCAUCAUGUCAGCCACCCACCCUCCCAGUCAUCACAACACCAAAUGACCUGCAACAUCAGCAACCACUCUAUGAUCCCACGAGCGAUAGAAGCGACCAUCUCCAAAUACACGCAAUCACCGACGAUCACCGAACAGCCAACAGCAUCGAGCAUCAAAAAACCGUAUGUCCAUCCAACGAACCUGAAACAACAAGGAAUGAAAAAGUGUACAGGUCGAUUCCGUACAUACCUGCACUCUCGCAACGCAUAA